AUGGCAAAAACUUCUACUGGUGGUGGUUUUGUUGUACGUGAUAAUCGUGGCAGACCUCUUAUUGCAUCCACCAGACAAGUCGGCAAUACUACAGUUCCCUUAGCAGAAGCCCUUGCUCUAAGAGACGGACUUAAAAGUGCCAAAGAGCAAGGCUACAACACAAUUGAGGUGGAGGGAGACUCCAAACUAGUCAUUGAUGCUGUCAACAACGUCAUUCAGCCGCCUUGGCGCUCAAUCAAAAUCAUCCAUGAUAUCCAAGCUAUUGCCACAAGCUUUGAAUCGAUCUCUUUCAAGCACAUAUUUAAAAAAGCAAACUUCGUGGCGGAUGCUUUAGCUAACUUAGGUCAUAGACAUGAAAAUGGCACAAUGUGGACUAAGAGGAUCCCUAUUGAGGCCUCAAGAACCUUACUGUUGAGGCCAAGCAUAAGGGCUGAGACCAAUAUAAAGCCAUGGAAAAACUUAUUGCCGAGCAUAAAGGAAGGCAAUAAAAGAACGAAGUGGAAGGAUAGGGUGCCCUAUGCUUACUGGAAAGGUAACCCAAAUGUGGCUCCAACCAGGAAAGACCUUCUCAAAUGCAAUGUUUCAGACCAAAAUGACUGGAAUACACUCUUAUACAUACAGAAUUGGGAGAAAGAAUCCAAAGAAGGGUACAAGCAGUCCAGCUUAGAAGAUCAAUGCAAGCACAGGUACAAAAUUUAUGUAGAGGGAUGGGCAUGGUCUGUGAGUGAAAAAUACAUACUGGCAUGUGAUUCUAUGACCUUAUAUGUAAACCCUCGUUAUUACGAUUUCUACAUGAGAGGCAUGCUACCAUUGGAGCACUAUUGGCCCAUUAGGGACAACAGCAAGUGCACUUCUCUCAAAUUUGUUGUGGAAUGGGGCAAUAAUCACACGAAAAAGGCAGAGGCAAUUGGGGAGGCAGCAAGCAACUUCAUACAAGAAGAUCUGAAGAUGGACUAUGUGUAUGACUACAUGUUUCAUGUACUGAAUGAAUAUGCAAAGCUCUUGAAAUUCAAACCGACAAUACCUCCCAACGCAUCGGAACUAUGUUCUGAAACAAUGGCAUGCCCUGCAACUGCCACAUGGAAGAAAUUCAUGAAGGAGUCCAUGGUGAUGUCUCCUAGUGAUGAAAUCCCAUGUUCUUUGCCUCCUCCAUAUGAUCCUCAAGCUCUUCGUGAUUUUCUUGAGAGAAAAGCCAACUCAACUAGGCAAGUGGAAGCUUGGGAAAAUGAAUAUUGGCAGAGUUCUAAUAAAAAACAACAGUGGUCCUUUUCUACAUACAUGUGUUCUCUAGUGCGUUUCCUAUGUGUUCCAUUCCCUUCUUAGAAGAUCAAACUGAAACCUGGAUACUGACAAUGGCAAAAGAUCAUGCCCACAUAAUUCUGCUUAUUGGGAUGUAACACUUGGAAUUCCUAGCUAAUGAUUAGAUGCUCCAACUUCUAUUGUAUUCAUACUAAACACAACUUCAAAAUAAG